UUUUUGCGGGUUCGAAGGUGGAUGAAAGCCAUUGGCUCUGGGGAGCUGAUGACGGUGAGAGCGCACCGUGUUCUCCAGGAGCGCCUUCUUCAGCUUCUUUCUGCAACCCAGCAGCUGGGAAAACAGCACCAUGUGGAGCUGAGCUGUACCUUCCUCUCUUUUUAUACGCUUUAAACUCUCCUUUUUUCCUAGACAUCACUAGCUCUGAUUCAUUUCAGGUGCGUCCCAGGAGCGCGCAGAGCGGCGCACAUUUGGACACAAGGAAGGAAAAACAACAACAACAAAAAAACAAAAAAAACAAUCAGUGCUCAGUGCAGCGCAGGCAGGUCUUCGCUCUUUUAAAAAGCAGCAGGGACGGCUGGCUGCUGGAGAGUUGGCGCUGUCGGUGCAGGAGCGAAGACGGACUGCGCUGGUGGCGGGGGAAAGCAAGGAUUAAAAACAGCGGAAUAAAGAGAGAGAACUUGGAUAUGGCUGCUGUGAAGACGUUCAUCCUUCUCGCUGGAGUUGUUUCAUUGUUGCUCUGUGUGUGGAAUAUCCGAGCGGACAUCGGUGACGGGGUCUGUUAUUCGUAUGUCUUGGAAGGAGAUGGAGAUGAGGGCACAGCGGUGGACGUAAGGCUGUACAGUCACCGGUGGAGGAGGUGGCUUCCCCCAAAACCUCGUAACAUGGACAGCAACAGAGCUAGCCAGGAGCAGGAACAGGAGCCAGAGCCGGAGGAGCUCGAAGGGUUCCCUGGCCUGCUGUCCGCAGAGGACACAGACAACAGCUCCCAGAUUGAGGAGGACAUGGAUCACAACUACUACACAUCAAAAACAUACGGUCCAUCAGAUCCUAUGAGCAAAGACUUGUGGGUAAAUAUUGACCAGAUGGAGAAGGACAAAGUGAAGAUCCAUGGGAUUCUGUCUAACACACACAGACAGGCAGCGAGAGUUAAUCUGUCCUUCGAUUUCCCGUUUUAUGGACAUCUCCUGCGUGAAAUCACUGUAGCAACUGGUGGUUUUAUUUAUACCGGAGAUGUCGUCCAUCGGAUGCUCACAGCAACACAGUACAUCGCUCCGCUGAUGGCCAACUUUGACCCAAGUGUCUCCAGAAACUCUACUGUUAUCUAUUUUGACAAUGGCACUGCUCUGGUGGUGCAGUGGGACCACGUCCACCUGCAGGACAACUAUAACUUAGGCAGCUUCACCUUCCAGGCCACGCUGCACAACACAGGAAGGAUUGUCUUUGCAUACAAAGAGAUCCCCAUCGAGAUAUCACAAAUCAGUUCUGUCAAUCACCCGGUGAAGGUGGGCUUGUCUGACGCCUUUGUGGUGGUCCACAAGAUCCAGCAAAUACCCAAAUCUCAAACUGUCUCUGUCUUGGAGCUUACAAAGACGAGGAUCACCAAUUCUUCGGCUGUGGAAAUCAUACCUUUACCCACCUGUCUCCAGUUCACCAGCUGUAGUACCUGCAUCUCCUCUCAGAUUAACUUCAACUGCAGCUGGUGUCAUCGGCUCAACAGAUGCUCCAGCGGUUUUGACCGCCAUCGACAGGACUGGGUGGAUAACAGCUGCCCAGAUGAGACCAAAGACAAGAUGUGCGACAUGGACGACACUACGCAACUGUACACGUUCACCACCACUAUCACUGCCAGAACAGCAUCGAGAAGUAAAGGAAGCACAGCAGGCGGGGGCACACCUUCCACCUCUCAUCCUCCCACCAGCGCUCCUACUGAAGAUGAUACCAAGAUUGCACUGCAUCUCAGAGACAACCAAGUAAUGCCAGCUGACAGCGCCGUCAACAGGGUACCAGGCACGCAUCCUCUGCACACCGGUCUGAUCUUGGGCAUCCUGCUGGUGACGCUCAUCAUGAUUGCCGGCGUUCUGAUCACGGUCUACAUGUACCAUCACCCAACCUCUGCUGCCAGCCUCUUCCUCAUUGAGAGACGCCCAAGCAGGUGGCCGGCCAUGAAAUUUCGCCGGGGUUCGGGUCAUCCCGCGUACGCUGAGGUGGAGCCGGUGGGCCAUGAGAAGGAGGGCUUCAUCGAGUCAGAGCAGUGCUGAGGUAGGAGGUGAGACAUUCUCAUCCCCACCCGGUGCCUCGCUCUCAACCCUUCCUGCUUCACCAGGAACCUCUCACCCAGAACCUCCAGGAUCAACCUAUCGGCUUAGGAGCUUUGAUAAAACUCUGAAUUUGGCCCUUUAUAGCUAGAGGAAACCCACUGAACAGCUCCUGUCGGUGAGGAACAGACUUGCCGGGGACAGAGGGGAUGGGACAGCACUGAGACAUCAUCAAUUCAGCUGGCAUUGAUAAGGAUUUCUGCCUGCUGUCAUGCUGCCAGGGAGGGACUGGACUGACUGGUUGUUUUUGUCCCAGCAGGAAGCAGGGUGACCUAUACAAUAUAUAUUUUCAGAAUCAAUACAGAGUAAGUGAACAGAGACAUCCACUUGAUUGUCAGUGGUGUUAUAAGCCUUUGUAUAUCCAUCUGGUUUAUACUAGUUUUCCUUUUUAUUCCUUUUUUUUUUUUUUUUUUUUUGCAAUUAUCAGUAUGAUAGGGUUGGCACAUUUCUCUGUUGGUAUUGCUUUUCUAUACCACAGCAGAUGUAAUCGACUUUUCCACAGCCUGCUCUGCUGUGCGACAUGACGUGAGCUGAACAGUCAUUGAGUCAUUGAGCUCUGAACAUUCAGCUUCUUUUUCUAUGGGUUAGUUUAUGAUGAUCAGCUGGGGAGACCUGGUUUUUCUUUUUGUUUUCAUGGGUGAUGGGAACAUUUCUUUUGUGUUUGUAUAUUCAUUAAGGCUGUGCCCUUUUGUCCCUGACUAGAAUUUGCACCGUUUUAUUUUUUUUUCAUUAAUUUUCAUGCACAUUUUUAGAUCUUGCAGAUUUACAAGACAGGUGCUUGUGAGUGUGAAUAUAUUUUCUGAAGUGUCAGUGAUUUGUGUGUGUGAAUACAGAAGAGUAGUUAAGAGCACUGAUGGGAUAUCUGCUUACUUUAUGGGGUUUUAUGCUUGAGCUGGCUCUGUACAGGUGACUCUUAUAUUUAGAGGUACGGAGGAUGUGCAGUCAGGUCUUUACAUACAGUCAUCGUGAUAACGAAUGGCAUACAUUUUAAAUUACUUUUAAUCUUUUUCCAGAUUGUACAUACAACUCCAUUUAUUUUUAAAAACAACAAUUGGGCAUAGAAAUUUUUAUCUUUUGUAACUUUUAUUUGAUCUACAGUAAUAUUUGGUCUCUGAUCAGUAGGAUUAAACAACUACUUCAGUUUGAAAGCUUCAUUUUGGUUCUCCCAAAAAUUCUACUUAGUUAAGUAUUUGCCUAAUUUCAAUUUAUUGUACAUUUUCUCGAAAUCUCACAGUCAAAAUAAUGCACAAUCUUCCUCACUAAUCUUUGAUUAAAUGUCCCAUGGCAAGUUGUACCUUGAUCGCAGGCUAUUUGUAGCUCUCACCAACAUUGUGGUAUGACACUUGCUUCAUGUUUAGCCACUCAUCAUUAAGGGCAAAAUACUCCACAAAUUCUCAAUCCCGAAGGUUUGGGUUAUUUUAAAGUUAACCUGCUUUAUUUACUCCCAAGUCACAGGUUAUAAAUGAGAUUAUUGUUAAUUUAAACUCGUAAUUGUGAUGACAUUUAACUGCUAAAAGUCUAACUUAUGAUUGGAAGUGAAUGAUGAGCCUUCAUUUGACAGUCAAAUAACACUUGUUUGAAAUAGAUGAUCUUAAAUCUGAAAUACUCCAGUUUAUGUAAAUAUGCAUUUCCUCUUGUAGAUUUUCAACAAGUUCCUUGUACUUUUCCAAUGUUCUGAGUAUUAGUCAAUCGAAUGUGUGACACCAAAUCCUUUUUAUACUAGGAAAAAAAGAACGACCAGCUACCAUCGAUCACCAAUGAGGAAGUAGUGGCACCUUCAGCAUUACAUGUUUAACAAUUUAGGUGAAUGCAAGCACAUGUUUGAGCCACUAUGUAUAAUUUUGACUGUGUGGAGUGAGAAAAUCCACUCUAAACUUCCAGCUAAAUUAUGUUUAGAAAAUUGUUAAAAAAAAUAAUUAUAAUAAUUAAUGUGAUGAAUGUAUGUAAACAUCUGGCUGUAUCUAUUUCUGAAAACAAAUGUCACUGAUUGGAGUUUUAUUGAAUUUAAAUGACUGUUUCCUUUUCUAGUUUCACAGCAGAAAAUAACCAGUUCUGUAUGACUUUUAACAGUUUAUCCUUGUGAACAUAAUGAUGUACAUACCAAACCAAAACAUUUGCAGAUUCAGGUAACUCAUGGCAAACAUUUAUAUAGCAGUGAUGGUACUGAGAGACAUUUUUUUUAUUUUUUAUGAGUGGCCUUUUUUCUUCUACUUUUUUACUUAAAUGUGAACACUGUUGUGUUUUUCUUGCUGUCACAGAUCAAUACGCAAUCUAAACAUUAAUCUUUGCUGAUUACACCAAUGAAUGUGGACUUAUUGUUGAGACAGACACUCAAGAUCAAUAUACUGAAGUUCUGAUUGCAAAACAAAAAAGUGCAAUGUUCCAUCUGUUCAGGACACAGAAAAUGCAUAAACUUUCCAUUUGUUUUGUUUUUUUCUGUUCACACCACGUUGCCAUCGCAUUGAAACCAAAGACUCAUUAGCAUGAGAGUUUUCCCUCACAGCCUCCACACCUCACAACUCAGCUGCCAUUAGCAGUAGCUUUGAUAAAGUACUGUUAUGAUAGUCAGAAGCCAUUUUCUGUUAUUAAAAACCGUGUACAAAGCAUUCUUUGAAAACAGCAAAAAUUGUAAAACAUGCUAAAUCCUUCUCCUGGGAAAUAUAUUCUUAAAUAACUCUAAAGGCAUGUAAAAAUUUCCAAAUACAUAGAAACUUUAAAACAUUUUAAGAGCAAAAUUAUCUAUAACUACAAAACACAGCCAGUAAUGUUUUUAGUUUAGGCUGAUACUAGAAGCUUCCUGGAUAAAACGCAAAAGUAUAAAUUCUAUCUUUUUGUAUCCAAUGCUAACCAACUUUCUGAUUUCAAGUAAGCUGACAUUGACAUAUUUUCUGUAAAAAUAAUUUUAAAAAAUAGAACAAAGACAAAAUUAGCAGUAGUUAUGGAAGCUAACAUAGUUUUUGUUAGGCUAAUGCUAGCUGUUCUUUGACAUUAACACAGAAAGAACUACUCCUUUGUUAGUAUCAAAUGCUGUAUAUGCCUUUAUGAUUUGAAUUAAAUGAAUACUUUUUAUGUUUCUGAGAUUUUAUAGAGAUUCUAAAGACAAAAUUGGCUAUAAUUAUAGAUGUUAGCAUGCAAACCUUCCAGCUUAGGCUUUUGCUAUUAAUUCUUAAAUUAAUCUCAGAAAAUUCAUCAAAACCCCUACCAAAAUGACACAAUAAUGUAUAAAAUAAUGUUAUUUUGACUUACAAAAAUAUUUAUUUUCCUAAAUUAAUAUAAUACUGUUUUAAGAAAGUUGUUUUUUGAUUAAAAACUGUAUUGGCCACAUUUAAAUGCCACAAAAAAAAAACAUGUUUUGAAUGGCUUAAUUUUGCAGAACACAGGAUAUUGUUUAUCCAAACAAUUCUAGGUGUAUUUGGAAUUUUAACAAUUGAGAAUUUGGCAAAUUUCUUUAGAGAAAAACAUUUUACUUUUCAUUGUUUUUUGACGUACAACAAAAUAUUCAGGCUCAAAAAUGCUUUGAAAACAUUCAUACAAACAAAACUGGUAUCUGCUAUUUACAAAUAUUUAUGUGCUGCUAUCUUCAAAAAGUCAUUGAUGCAGUCUGUUUGGAAGUCAUCGUGACCCAUGUUUAAGUUGAUGCUUUCAACUGUAACGUGUCAUUUCCACACGUCAGCGAUGUAUAUCAGGAAAUUCGCCCGUUAUUUUCUAUUAAACAACCUACAUUGGCACUUGCCAGCAGCCAAUGCUCCAAGAAGAACAUCCCCCUAUCCUUUUCAAACCUCUUCUGUUUAAAAGCUUUGCAGCUUCUUAUGAAACUACCUGCAACUGAAGGUGUGCAAUCUGUUCUUACACUACAUAUUUAAGUAAGACUCAUAAAAUGUGUGUUAAAUCCACCAAAGGGCAUCCUUCAAAUGUGUUAGGACUGUCAAAGUGAGUUAGCCUUGAAAAAAAUAAACACUGUUUAAUAACAGUUUUUAAAUUGUGUUGCCUCUGCUAACAUAUCAA